GUGUGAUGUGAGAAGGCACCCAGGGUGAGACACCAGCUCAUUGUAGGGCACCAUACUCACACUUAUUCAUUCACAUACUCAAACACAUUCACACAUCAAGAUUAGCCAGUCUGUGUACUGGAACGUUUUUGGGAGGUGGUGACAAACAGUAACCUGUAGCUGAAGACUGAACCAGGGACAAUGGAGGUGUAAGAUAGCAACACUAAAUAGCAGUGACAAGCUAGCCCUGCUGAUGAGGGCCUUGAGCACUGAAUGAGGUCUGUUUUCUCAGUGUGGUCCUCCUUGUGGAGCUGAGAUGGGCCAGCAAAUCUCUGGUCAGGCUGUAAUGGGCAGGCUUCCUGAGAAGCUAUUAAAACAUGCCGGAUUAGUACGGGAUAGUAGCUAUCUCACCUAUGAAGAGUUUCUGGCUCAUGUAGCAGAGUUGAAUGAAGUAACUGCUAAGCUGGCAGUUGGCCAACCAAAGCAUCUCAUUUUUGAGGUUCAGCCUGGAUCUGACACGUCUGCUCUGUGGAAAGUGGCUGUGAGGAUAGUGUGUACCAAGAUCAAUAAGGAGGAUGGAAUGCUGGAAGCUUCACGCAUUAUGAACCUGUAUCAGUUUAUUCAGCUCUACAAAGACAUCACCAGCCAAGCAGCUGAAGUGCUGGCAGCAGAUGGCAGUAUGGAGUCUUCCUCUGGACAGCUUUCUUCUGCAGCCUCUUGCCAGGCCAGCAUGUGGAUGGGAAGGGUGAAGCAGCUUACAGAUGAGGAAGAGUGCUGUAUCUGUAUGGACGGAAAAGCAGAUCUUAUUCUGCCCUGUGCUCACAGCUUCUGUCAGAAAUGUAUUGAUAAGUGGAGUGGUCAGAGUCGAAACUGCCCCAUCUGUCGGAUCCAGCUGACGGCUGCCAAUGAAUCUUGGGUAAUGUCUGACGUGCCCACAGAGGAGGACAUAGCUGGCUACAUUCUCAAUCUAGCGGAUGAGGCUGGCCACCCUCACAGACCUUAAUCUAAAACACUGCACAUCUUUUUGACUCAAUAUCACUAAUUAUUAGACUGUAAGAUGCUAUUUUGAAUUAUGUCGGUUAUUGAUCUGUUUUUGAUUUAUUUGCAGGCAGCAAUAACCACUCACUGGGCCUCAUUUAUCAAGCUGGAUACAAACCUUAUUUUUAAAUGAUUCCCAGGAGCAUUUACAUAAAAAUGUUGCUGAGCUCUAUUACUGAAGAUUUAGCACAUAUAGACGUAAGGAGGUGUUACGGCAUCAUUUAGUCACGCUUUUGUCAUGGACAUGUUUGUGAGCAUCACUAAAUGCAAAUCAACUGUGCCAUGAAUGCACUGUGCACUUUAUGGGUGAUUUGCAUUUGUCAUGUAUGCACUUGAGCACGAAGAAACUCACUGAAACUUGGGCAGAAGUUUUUCUAGUUCUGUUUGGCUUCAGAAAAAAAUGACACACAUUACUUAAAGAUCGGUAAAUGAGGCUCAUUGUCAUUUAUGUUUGUGAUUUGUUCAGCAUCCUUCAUUUAAAAACAUUUGAGAACAUUUUUAUGGUGUGAAAUUUACUGAAUACUUGCUGCUUUUUUUAAUCUCACAUAAGUUGUGUAUAGGAAUGAAUGAAAGAAUUGAAGGUUUCAGCUUAUUUCAUCAGAGAACUGACCAUCAGUUCUCUAAUUUCAUUAGAGAACUGAUGGUCAGAAUGUGCAUGGUGUUUUAUUUCAGACACCCUGUGUCUUCUGGCAAACAUACUAACAUCUAUAAGACUGCUUUAAUAAGGUGUUCUGUUAGAGUGUUUUUCAUAUAGGACAGCAGUGUCCAAUCUUAUCCGCAAAGGGCCGGUGUGGGUGCAGGUUCUUAUAUAAAACCAAGCAGAAGCCACACCUGAUUCCACCCUUUCCGGAUAAGAUUGGACACUGCUGAUAUAGGACUAAUUAUUUUGAUUAGGAAAAAAAUAUUUAGCUUGAUUUAGUCUAGAAAAUGUGAAAGGUUGUAAAGCAGUUCUAACUACUGAGAAUAUUUUUAAAUGUUAACUUCUAUUAUAUAUUCAGACUUGCACUAGUAUAUUUUUUUCCCUAUUAUUUUUGCUGUUAAUUAUUUAAAUAGACGGCUGAUUGAAAUGCAUUUUCUGGUUUGUUAUGUAUAAUAAUCUAAAAGCAGCACAAGGAUGUAUAUUUUUCUUGACAUUCUACCAUAAUUAUUAUAAUCCUCAUAAUUAAACUUUUUAAAUGUUGAAACA